GGUCGUGUACCGCAAAACGUCCGAACACACACUAGACCUCCACAGCUCGAGCGAGCCCGACGCGGCGCGGCGCGGCGCGCGUGGGGGCGGAGGAACCGGGAGCUCGGGCCCCGCGCCGCCCUCGGCCUCGCCGCCGCCGCUUCGAUUGCUCACUCGCGCCCCUCGCCGCCACCGCCACCACCGGGAAUGCCGUCGUCGCGCGGGCAACGGCCGCCGCCGCUGCAGCUCGCGGUCGCGUGCGGGUUUGUCCACCUCAUCUGCCUCGCCGCGGUCGCGGGGGGAGGCGGACCCUGCGAGUUCUCCGUCGCUCGCGGAGGCAAGCUCUACAGCUUCAGCCUCGCGUCGCCGACGACGGCGCACCGCCACGGCGUCCUCAGCGAGGACGGGUUUUACAAGGUGGCUGUGAAUAAUUCAGUGCUCUGGUUCCAGCUGUGCGAUCAGAUGAUAUUCAACUUUGACCCGCCAGUUUGUCUUAACUGUGAGGACUGUGGUGGUCCACAAAGGUGUGGUACUCAAUGCAGUGCCCUUGUGUCAAAUAACCGUGGAGGAUAUGAUGUUUGCACAACUAUCGGAAGAGCAUCUAAAUCUCAUAUAUCUCUAAUUGAUGAUAUUAAUCCUCAGAAGGGUGUUGUUGUCAAGAUGUUCUCAUCAAAGUGCUCUAUCUCUGUUUACAUCUAUUGUGAUUCAACUGUAGCCCAUGUAUCGGAUCAAUUUGUACUAUCAGGAAGUUGUGACUAUGCUACAACACUUAGACAUCCUUCUGGUUGUGCACAAUCCAUGUCUGCUUCUGGAAAUGGAUGGGGCUGGUUAGCCACUUCAUUUGUAACAAUUCUGUGCCUUCUCGGAGGGUACAUUUUGAUUGGUUCAAUCUAUAGAUAUUAUUUCCUUGGCAUUCAUUCUGUAGAGGCCAUACCAAACCUGGAAUUUUGGAUCAGCUUGCCACAAACUAUAAAGAGCAUGUUAUUACCUGCAGCACGAGGUCGUAACAGACAGAGUAGAGAUACAUAUGCUCCUGUAGACCAUUGAGAAAUAGGCAUCCAAUGGAACUGUACUGCUCACCGUACAGUUGACAAACAUAUAUGGACUGGGAAGGAGAAAUUUUUAUAUGCCAUUAUGUCAGGAAGAUGACAUUGCAAUCUUCAUCAACAAUCAUUUUGUUCAGAGGAAUUUAUACAGAUAUGUAGCAGUACGUUUUUUACAGUUGUGGGCAACUGCUUGUGCUGUACGCGUGGGCAAGAGAAAAGAUAAGAUUGGGACCUCCAAUGGCUUGUUAUAAAUUUGUUCUAUUAUAACGUGUGGAAGCCACACACUUUUGCCUUGGCCACAACUUUUUGGCAGAUAAAUUGUGAAGUCUAGAAAUCAGUGCAUAGAGGACGGAUGAAUCACUCUUGUGAGGACAUAGUGAAGUAGCAUGAUGUGACUGUAUUCUCAGUAGUGGACCAGAUUAUCAGAGAAGGAUGAAUAUAUGAACACUCACAAGAUCACUUCACUACUCUGAAUUGCUGUUGCGUGAUUGCGUGAUGCACUGCUUUGGAUGCUGGUGCAGAUGCACCGUUCUGAUGUGAUGGGGUGGUCGAAAAUGAGAUUUUAUUGCUUUCAGUCUAGUAGAUACCCUUAUUAUGGUUCCAUGAAAUUUUAGUAGUCACUCAUUCUUGAGUUUGUACUUUGUACUGUUCUGUUUUGUCCUAGGCAGGGCUUGAACCUUUUUGUUCUGAGUUAUAUUGAGGGUUUCAUAUAGAAAGAACCUAUCUAGUAUGGUCUUUGAAUUUGUUGAUCUACAGUAACAAUUACACACUAAUGUGUUGCUGCAUAAACUAACCGAAAAAGGCUCAUUUCUAUGUUGA